AUGCUCGGCGAAUGUUGCAAUGAUGAAUUGGUGGAAACAAAAUCAAUUAUUCAACAGAAGCAUAGGGUAAAUUGUCCAUUUUAUCUGAAAAUCGGUGCAUGCCGACACGGUGAUAAAUGUUCUAGGCUUCAUACACGGCCUACUUCUAGUAAGACAAUUUUAUUGAAAAAUUUCUGUCAUUUUGGUGGUAUCAUUCGACAAGAUCUUCCACAAGAAAAGGAACAACGUGAAUUUGACGAAUUUUUCCGUGAAGUAUAUUUGGAAAUUGAUGAAGAAUACGGUGAAAUUGAAGAAAUGAAUGUAUGUGAUAAUGCCGGUGAGCAUAUGCUUGGCAAUGUUUACAUCAAAUUUCUGCAUGAAUCGAAUGCAAGUAAUGCAGUGAAAGCCUUAAACAAUCGAUGGUUCGAUGGUAAACCUAUUCAUUGUGAACUAUCACCAGUUUCCGAUUUCCGUAAUGCGUGCUGUCGACAGUAUGAAAAUGGGGAAUGUAAUCGUGGUGGGUUUUGUAAUUUUAUGCACCUGAAGAAAGUAAGUUCAUCAUUGAAACGGAAACUGGAAAAGGAAAGUGGAAAAGCACGCCGUAAAAAAUUCGCAAAAUUUCGGAAAAUAUCAGAAUGUAGUUGCAAAAAGAUAAAUGGAUCUCUACCGAAGAAAUAUCAAGAUGCUUGCAGUAGUGAUGAGUCAUCGUGGUCUGACUGUGGUCCACCAUCAUCCGAAAAUCAGCGUUCGUUGACACCAUUUGCUUUCCGAGCUGAUCGAUAUACAUCCGAUGUUAGCGAAUCCAAUUCCGAAACCGAUCCGGAAUUUGAAGCUCACAAACAGUUAUUAAGACGUCAAAGAUGGAAGGAAUUGCGUGGUAAAUUUGAAAUGCAACAAAAAUGGGACGAAGAUCGGGAACGUAAUUUUGUAUUUUCGUUGCUGUAA